AGAAAAGCUCUUCAGGCACACGUGAGUCCCAGGAGCUGCACAACGUUCUAUGGAGCACCUGGACGUCCAGUCUUCAUUCCCUGGUUCUGCUCGGAGGAGAGGAGGUGGAGAGGUGCCCCCUGCAGAAAUGAACUACAAGCUGCUGGAUGGAUAAGGUGACAACUGUGAAGCUGGUUGGUUCAGGUGAAGGAGCUGCAGCGAGCAGCACAGGUGGGUCAGGUGGAAGAGUUGCAACAGGAGGCUCAAAGGGUGCCAGCAGCUCAGUUUUGAUCACAUCCAGCAGCUCCCAUUGCAGUAGAUCUGGAACCAGUGAGGACUCUGGGAGCAUCAGCGUGACCAAAGUAGGAGCUUCCUCUGUCCUGUCACCAGGUGGAGGGUUUGUGGCAUCAGUGGCUGCUGCGGCCUCAGGGAAAGGAGAGAGGUCUAAAGUGGUUGGAGGAGGAGGAGGAUCCUCCAGCAUGUCCUACAGUUUUGGAAGUGGUGGCAGAGAAGGAAAAACAGAAGGGGGUAUUGGUGCUGUGACAGUUUCCACAGUGACCAAGACCAGCUACUCCUCAGGAGAGUCCAGGGAAGGGAAGAAGGGGCCAUCAUCAUCUGCCAUUGGUUACUCUCCUCUUCCAAAAGAGAGGAAGAGUAUAACCACCAUGGCAGCUGCUCUGUCAGAGGUCUUUGAUGAAAGCUCAAGCACAGAUUCUUCUCUAGAGUACAGAAGGAAGGAGUAUGGGACUUCAAAUGCAACCUCCUCUACAGCCACUAGAGGGAGAACUCAAAGCAGAGAGAGUGAGAUCAGAGCCAGGCUUCAAAGUGCUUCACCUCCAGCAAGAUGGACGGAGUUGGAUGACGUGAAGCGCUUACUGAGGGGAAACUGCUCCACCAGCACCAGUCCCACUCAGUCACCCAAUAACACACUGCCCAUUCCCAAGAAGGCCAGCGUGGAAACUAAAGUCACAUCUGAGAGCUCCACAGACCAGUAUGGCAGUGCUUGGUCAGGGGAUAUGAGCAAUGGAUAUGGUUACAACAGAAACCCCAACAACUUUACCGCUACCUCCCAUCUUUACCAGUCAGGUGCCGGAGUCCAGAACAACCUGACUCUCAGCUCUCCCUCUGUGAAUGCUGGACAGUCUGUCAGCAGCUCCGUGCCUGUAUACGGUGUGCAGAAUAACCUGACCGGCCCAGCAAUCCUGUCACCCACUGGGGCCAGCUCACAGAUAGUUUAUGGUGUGCAGAAAAAUCUCUCUGGAAUAAGUGCACCCACAGUGAGACCCAGCAGUCCCACCAGUUAUGAGGCCUCAGGGAAAGACCUCAACUUUGUGCUAAUAGAGAAGGAAAACGCUCCCGUCAAAAAGGAGACUGAGCGGCUUGUCAUGGCCAAAGACAAUUGGAAGCAGUUUGUGUCCACUUCACCUGCCGCUUACACAGGAACUUUUUCUGAGGACUCCCUGAAGAGGGAAAAACAAAAACUUUCAUCCAGCACAGUGGAGGAAGGAGCUGAUGCCAAAUCUUCAACCCUGAAAUCUGGCACAAAAGACAAAUCAACCUAUGCAGAGAUCCGUAAAGAUGAGUCAGGUUUUGGCUUCUGCUCCUGUUGCAGCUGGUGGAAGUGGCUGUUGGGCCUUGUGCUCAGCUUGCUGCUGCUCCUGGGGCUCCUCUUUGGACUCAUCGCUUUGGGUGAGGAGGUGAGACGCCUUAAGAACCGUGUUGAUGCUCUGGAAGCCAUCACCGGCAGUGCGUCAGCCAGAUCCAGCCGCCAGUCAUCCUCCUCUGGCAUCAACAUCGUUGACCCGCUGGACUCGGCAUACAUCGAAAGAACCUCUUCUGACACCACCCUCAGCCGUUCUGACAAUUCAAUCAACUUUGGGGGUACCAGUGUAUUGGGAGGCGCAGGAAGCAGACUGGAACCAGACAGUGCCGCCAUGCAGAAAACUGUGCAGCAGCUGGUCAGGGCUGAACUACAUUCAAGUGCUGUGAGAGAAACCCUGGCUUAUUCUCUAAAAGGAGAGAAGGGAGAACCAGGACCUAAAGGUGAUCCAGGAGCAUUUGGACAAAAAGGCGACAGCGGCUUUCCUGGCCUGCCAGGUCCUCCUGGACAGAAUGGACAUUCAGGACUAGAUGGACCAAGGGGGCCGAAAGGAAAUCCAGGUGAACCAGGUCCAGAAGGACCACCGGGUCAGAGGGGACGGGAGGGACCAAUGGGUCCCCGAGGAGAAUCUGGACCACCUGGUUUAAGAGAAAAAGGAGAUAAAGGAUCUCAGGGUGAACCAGGUCGUCCUGGUCCUGCUGGUGCUCCAGGACCUGAUGGUCCAAAAGGUGCUGCUGGAGAGCAGGGUGUCCCUGGAGUUCCGGGUGUACCUGGUCCAAAGGGAUUCCAAGGUGAAGCUGGACCUUUUGGAGCCAAAGGUGACCGUGGAUCACAAGGUGUUCCAGGAAUUAAAGGAGAUAAUGGAGAAAGAGGACCACGUGGACCAGCAGGUGAACCAGGAACUCCUGGACCUCAUGGCCCAUCUGGACCAAAGGGAUCUAAAGGAAGUUCCGGUGAAUUGGGUUCCAUGGGACUUCCUGGUGCUAGAGGUUCACCAGGUCUUCCUGGCGAUGUCGGUCCCCAAGGCCCUCCUGGUGUCCAAGGACCCCCAGGUGUCGCAGGAGUUCCAGGCCAGUCUGGCGGUAAAGGUGAACCAGGAUCACCUGGUAAAGUCAUUGGCCCAAUAAAUUCUGAUACUGUGGCCAUCCCUGGACUUCCAGGACCGGCCGGACCUCCAGGUCCUGCUGGAACCCCUGGUUUGUCUGGUCCUAUUGGUCCUGCUGGUGUCCCAGGCCAACCAGGUGCUAAGGGAGAGCGAGGGGAUAAGGGAGAAAAGGGUGAUAAGGGGGACCAAGGUCAACGAGGAGAGCCAGGGACAGGACUUCCUGGACCAACAGGAACUCCAGGGUCCCGAGGUGAACCUGGUCCUCAGGGUCCUCCUGGUGAGGGUAAGCAGGGUCCUCCAGGACGCAGAGGUCCUCCUGGAGAUCCAGGUGUUGGAACUCCUGGACCUCGAGGAGAGAAAGGACAACCUGGCAGCUUCCUGCCAACAUCAGAAACGUUCUUUGCUGGACCACCAGGACCUCCAGGCCCACAGGGUCCACCUGGGAAUCAAGGAGCACAAGGAUUUCAAGGUGAACCGGGUCAACCUGGUCUUCCAGGGGAGCCAGGUGUUGGAUUCCCUGGACCUCCAGGACCUCCAGGUGACCCAGGAAUCGCAGGUGGUGAACCUGGAAGCACAUAUAUUCUAGGACCCCCUGGACCACCAGGUCCACCAGGUCCACCGGGAAGUGAGUCACCCAGUGUGGGCCAUUACAUUGCUGACUACCUUCAAAGUGACAGCAUCAGACAGUACUUGGCUGGGCCGCCUGGUCCUCCUGGACCUCCGGGAGAACCAGGCUCUCCUGGUUUCUCAGACGAUGCCCUGGUGGACAAUGUUGCCAGUCGAGUUAUCUCCUAUAUCCAGAGUUCAGGCCCAGGGGCACCUGGUCCUCCUGGUCCACCUGGAUCUGUUUCUGUCAAUGACAUCAUCAACCUAUUGCAACGAGAUGAUGUGAGGGCAUACCUUACAGGCCCACCUGGGCCACCAGGACCUCCUGGUGGCUCCACAUUUAACCCUCAAGAGGUGGCUGAACGUGUCUACAGCCUCUUGAAUCAGAGAGGGGCUUUGGGUGCCCCAGGAGUUCCAGGACCUCCUGGUCCUCCUGGAAAUCUGUUAGCAACUGGGUUUCAGUCUCUUAUCGGACCUCCAGGACCUCCUGGUGCACCUGGUAUUCCUGGGCCACAAGGUCCGCCUGGACCCCCUGGAGCACCAGGAUUUGGGAGCUAUGUUAGAUCCGAUAUCCGUGACUACCUGCAGAGUGUUUCCCUCAGAGGACCUCCAGGCCCUCCAGGGCCGCCUGGAGAAGAGGGCCCUCCUGGUCCAAUUGGGCAAAUUGUUUCCUUUACAGACCAUAAAAACACAGAGAACCUGAAGCCCGAAAGACAAGAUUAUGUCAGGGCUGAGUUUGAAGGUGGUGAUGGUCUGAGUCGACCCAUGUUCAGAUUUUCUGGUCCACCAGGCCCACCUGGACUCCCCGGACAAAAGGGAGAGCCAGGUUUGGACGGUGGCAUUGAGUGGAGCCCAAACUCUCUUGACUACUCCAUCAUGGCUGAAAGAGUAACUGAUUACAUCAAAGCUCAUGGUGUACUGGAUGACAUCAUAAAGGACCACAAUAGCAGAAUCUUCCAAGGCCCUCCAGGACCACCUGGGCCUCCAGGUCCCACCUGGUUUGGUUCCCCUGGAAACACCACAAAUCUAAUGGAAAUAAUUCAAAAUCUUAAUCAUGGCAUUGAACAGAACCAGAACGGAAAUGUCGUUUACGGGCCCCCGGGACCACCUGGACCUCCAGGUCCACCAGGAGAGAUACGACUGCUUGGUUCCCACACAAACGUUGUUGACAUAAUGGACUAUCUCAAAACCCAUGGAGUGAUUGUGGGACCACCUGGGAGACCAGGACCAAAAGGGGACCCAGGACUUCCAGGACUAACAGGAGCAAAAGGUGAACGAGGUUUUCCUGGACCUGAGGGACACAGAGGACCAAAAGGUGACAGAGGUGAUUUCUCGCUGACAAGAAGGAAAAGCGUUGUUGUUGGAGAGCUGGGACACUGAACCCGGACUUCCAAGUGGGAUCCUGAACACCUGGUCUACUUAGAUUUUCCUCAUUAUCAGCUACCGAACAUUGCUAUGGAUUGUAUAAAGUGUUGAAUUGUUUUGUUCCGAGGGAUUUCAUGGUGUUGAUGUUUUCUGUUCAUUCUGGGAAUUUUUAUUCAGGAUAUUUUUAAAAUGUUUUCUAUAAUGUAAGUGUGAUAUCACAGGACAAGCUUCUGUUUGAGAGGAAAUAUUUUAUUUACAGCAGAAUGAAAAUCAACAUACAAGCAUUUCUAAAAACUAUACAUGUAUUUAAAAAACAAAUGAAUGAUUUGAUAUGUUGUUUAGUCUGAAUUUAGGAAGCUGAGCAGUUUUGGUAUAAAUAGUUACUGAAUAUAUUUUUUCUAAAAAAGGUGCCCAGCACUUUUCUCUAUAUUUAUUUACUGAGAACAGCCAAUCAAGAAUAAAAGGAGAUGAACCAAUGAGAGGUCAGAAAGGCCUAAACCAGUCAGGUCCAGUUUUUUGCAUCAAUAAAAGUAAUUAAGAACAAAAAGA